AUGCUUAUAUUAAUGACAGUAUACCCGGCAUUCAUUGCGCCCUUAUUUGACAAGUACAUUCCUCUUCCUGAAGGAGAGUUGAAGGUGGCUAUAGAAAAACUAGCGGCUUCACAGAAGUUCCCUCUUACGAAGUUGUAUGUUGUCUACGGUUCGAAACGUUCCGCUCACAGUAACGCCUACAUGUAUGGUUUCUGGAAUAGUAAACGAAUUGUACUUUAUGACACACUUCUAAGUGGAGAAGAGAAGGAAAAAGUGAUGGCGCAGUGUGCAGAAGCUGCAGCGGAAAUGACAGACAAGGAUAAGGCUCGUGGAAUGACUAACGAUGAAGUGGUUGGUGUGCUUGGGCAUGAACUCGGCCACUGGGCUCUUUGGCACUCCAUUAUCAAUUUAGUUAUUGCCGAAAUAAACAUAUUCUUUAUGCUAGCAGUGUUUGCCUAUUUCUACCGAUGGGAACUCCUAUACAAGGCAUUCGGAUUCCACACGACACCAAUAAUUGUCGGUCUGAUCCUGUAUUUGCCAGUUCGUUUGGACUUUUACCAUCAACGUAGGUUACCGACGUGGCUAUGUCAAUUUACUCGCGCCGCUGUGAAUUUGCAGCUGAUGAAUAUUCAGUUAAACUGGGACAUGCUGAUGCCCUCAUCAGCGCCCUAG